UCGACGGCUCUAACUCUACCGUGCUCUUUCCUUUCUCACCGACUCCGUCACCUUAGUCCUUCCACUUUCCUUCUACCUUCGUGAACCACGUUUCCAAUUAUCGAAGCAACUUCCCCGAUUUCCUCUUCUCCGUUCACCACACCCACGCCUCUUUCAUUUCUCCUCCGCCCAAUUCACACUCUCUCCAAAUUUAAUCGGUUUUUCACUUCCAACUUUCCUCGGGAUAAUCUCCUCCCCAGGUUCCAUUGGAUAAUCUCUUUCGUUUUUAUGUUCACUGUUGUACUAUUUUUUGUUUCCUUGUAAUUUCAUUCCUCCAUCCGCGUUUGUUUUAGCCUUUAAGGUCGUUAUUUGCUGAUUUAUUGAUGUUUUAGGGUUUUAUGUUGAUUCUUGGAACUUGAUAUCAUUUUCCUUUGCGAUUGGGCGGGAAAUUAGCAACGGAGUUCUUUAAGUUUUAGUUAUGUAAUACUGAAACUGGAAGUAUCUUUUUGUCAUUGAGGCCGAUUUUUCUGUAACUGGAAUCUUCUUUAUUAUGUUUGAAGUCCACGCUGUUUAAGACUUCUAGCUAUCGUGUAAUCUUGACCAGGAGAUCUUAUUUUGAUAGACUUGAUGGUUACCGGUAAUGUUGAAUCGCGCAUGCUCUCAGAGAGUUUUGUGUUCACUUGUGAUCAUUUCUUGUAAUAUUCGUAUGCAUGCUAAUCUGUGAGGGAUGAUUGUUUUUGGUGCAUCACAGACGAUUUACUUGGUCAUAUUGAUUUAUUUUCCUAGGGAAUUUUUCUAGUCUGCCGAAUUGUGCAUUCCUUAUGUAGGAGGGGAUUAUACUGGUUUUGACGUGGAGGGAAAUAGUGAUCAGAAGAAUUUUAUACUAUUACUGGUUAACUUUGCUCAUAGUGGGAAGCUGAUAUUACUUCAAAGCUUGUGAUACGGUUAGUCUAAGAUUCUUAGAGCAUGUUGGGGAGUUUCACUUUUCUCAUUUUCAAAAGAAAUUUUUAAUCUUUCAAAACCAAUUUUUACGAUGUAAAAAUUGCAUUUGAAAGUUCAAAAGUAAAUAAUAUAUUUCGGGGUGAAAAAAAAUCACUCCACUUCUCCCAUUGUUUCUUGUUCUACUUGUCUUGCUCAUUUUCUGGGUUUGGGCAUGAGAGUCCCGAUGGUUUCUCAUUCUUGAUGUUUAUUCAGAAUAUUUUGACUUUAUAGGUCUUAUGCAUAUUGUUUGCUGGGGUUCUUCAACCUUUAUACUCUUGUGUCUUGGUUCUUAGAAGUUCUACUUAUUUACUUUCAUAGACUCUGGCCCUUUCUGAAGUGCACUGAAGCCUCAGGAUAAUUUAUUCUCGGAUGACCUUUAUUUUUUCACUUUGCGAGGGUUUGACUCAUAUUUCUCUGAGAUCUCAAUAUGAUUGAAGAGUGAUCUGGGAGAAAAAUUAGUUGAAGAAAAAAGAUAUUGGAAGAUUGAUUUAUUAGUUGGUUUUGAUCAAGUACAAUCCUAUUUAAACAGAUUCUUUUAACAGUUUUGCUUGAUGGGAUGGAGGAGGGUUUUCUUCUACACACUGUUCAUUCUCUUCAAAAUGGUUGAAUCCUCCAGUAGAUCAGGGAAGAUGUGGUUAUUGAACUUAAGCAGCGAAGCAGCACCUAAGUUCAGCUGGACAAUUCUCAGUGCUGGUGUAUUCGUAUUUGCUGCACUUGUUCUUUCCACGUUUCUCAUCAUUGAACAUUUAGCUUCUUAUAAUCAACCAGAGGAACAGAAGUUUUUGAUUGGUCUUAUAUUGAUGGUUCCUGUUUACUCUCUAGAAUCGUUCCUGUCAUUGUUAAAUUCAAAUGGUGCAUUUAACUGUGAAGUGAUACGGGACUGCUACGAGGCAUUUGCAUUAUAUUGCUUUGAAAGAUACCUUAUUGCUUGCUUGGGUGGUGAAAAACGCACAGUUGAAUUCAUGGAAAGUCAGACUGUUGUUGACUCUAGCACACCGCUUUUGGCGGAAAAAUAUGCAUAUGGGGUUGUAGAACACCCUUUUCCCUUAAAUUGCUUCAUAAGGGAAUGGUAUCUUGGUUCUGACUUCUAUCAUGCUGUGAAAAUCGGUAUUGUUCAAUAUAUGAUAUUGAAGAUGAUAUGUGCGCUCCUAGCUAUGAUUCUUGAAAGUUUCGGGGUCUAUGGAGAAGGAAAGUUCGAGUGGAGAUAUGGUUAUCCCUAUUUGGCGGUUGUACUUAAUUUUAGCCAAUCGUGGGCCUUAUAUUGCCUUCUCCAAUUCUAUUCUGUCACAAAGGACAAAUUGGAAUCGAUUAAACCAUUGGCAAAGUUUCUUGUCGUCAAGUCAAUAGUUUUCCUCACCUGGUGGCAAGGUGUUGCCGUUGCCUUUCUUUUCUCAAUAGGAGCUUUCAAAGGGUCAUUGGCUCGGGAGCUAAAGACACGCAUACAAGAUUACCUGAUAUGUAUUGAGAUGGGUAUUGCUGCCGUCGCACAUGUUUAUACCUUUCCAGCAGUACCUUACAAACGUGGAGAAAGAUGUGUUCGUAAUGUUUCGGUGCUGUCUGACUAUGCAUCACUAGGAACGCCACCUGAUCCGGAGGAGGUUCAAGACUCUGAACGGACAACUAAAAUACGCUUGGGUCGCCAUGAUGAGCGAGAGAAACGUUUGAAUUUUCCUCAGAGUGUUCGAGAUGUUGUCAUUGGAAGCGGUGAAAUUAUUGUUGAUGACAUGAAGUAUACAGUCACACAUGUAGUAGAACCAGUUGAGAGGGGAAUUGCAAAACUUAACAAAACGAUCCAUCGGUUCUCUGAAAAUGUUAAACGGCAUGAAGAGCAACGGAAGAGUGCCAAGGAUGAUAGUCAUCUGAUUCCUCUGAAUUCUUGGUCAAAAGAAUUUUCCGAAGUUGAAGAAAAUAUUACUCAAGGCAGUGUAAGUGACAGUGGAAUCACCAAUGGUAAGAGACAACAUUCUCAAUCAAAAGCCACGACUUCUCGAAUUAGAUUUGGCAGAUAACAUUCCAUUUGUUGUGCAUAAAGGAAAUGUAAAUCGUGAAAGGAACUCAUGUGUUGGCAAUAUGGCAUGAUUUUUAAGCAUGCUGAUUGUUUCUUUUAGUUUAGAAUAGAAAUGUGAAUGGCGGGGACUUUAAGUGGCUAAAAGUACUGCUCCUGGUCCCUUGUAGAGCUAACCCUUCUUAACCUCACCAAACUCAUAAAAAAAAUUUAGCCUCAGACACAGGAUUUGAUACAAAGAUACGAAAAGAAUCUGGACGGGUGCUUUUGGAUUUUCUUUCUGUAAGACCAACUUUUUAGUAAACAGUUCUCUUUUUCCACUGAACAAUUUGUUUGAAGGGGAUGUAAAUGCCGCCAAUUUUCCCUUCAUGUUCCUCAACUCUUUUGUUUGUCGACUAAUCACGAAGACAUGAACCACUCAACUUACCACACUUCUGGCUUGUUUCUCUCUCUCUCUCGUCCUCAGGUUGAUAUUUUUGCUUGAUUUUUCUGCCAUUUUUGGUUUGUAUAAAUAUAUAAUUGUGAUGCUAAUUUCUGGUC